AUGACUACUGAUUUGGAGUUGGCUUCUGCCCAGAGAGAAGUGUUGAGUGAACUCCAAACGGGAGAAAAAUUGAAAAACGAGGAAUUCAAGAUCUGGAAGAAGACUGUGCCAUUACUCUACGAUACUAUUCAAUCGCACGCAUUGGAAAGACCAGUAUUGUCAUUACUGUGGUUACCUACGUAUGACAUUUCUGAAAACAAAAAUGUGAUUUCUGUUAAGAUAUUGAUUGGACUUUCUUCAGACGAGUCGAUCGAGCCAGUUACAAGCACUGCAGCUCCAACUGCAACAACUUCCUCAAAGCAAAAGUCUCAAGAGUAUUUGAAAAUCGUGCUGUUCAGCUUACCUAGUACCAUGGCACCAGAUUUCCAGAAGUUCUUGCCUAACGCACAAGGUGUUCCUAUCCCAUUAUCAUCUUCUCGUGAAGGAAGCACAAGCGUGAGAAGCAGCAACGACGAUAAAAGUGGUAACGAUACAAACACCAGCUCUCGUGGCAAUGUAGAUGGGUUCAGCACUGUAAAAGAUUAUAGCCACAACGGUGAAGUUAACAAGUUAAAACUCUCACCAAAUGGUUCCAAAUUUCUCACUUUUGACAAGGAAGGAGUUAUUCAUUUAUAUGAUUUUGAAUCCAGUGUACCCAUUGCUUCUUUCAAGUAUCAUAAGGCAGAAGGAUUUGCGUUAGAAUGGGUUGAUGAAGAUCUGUUCCUCUCUGGUGCAAAUGAUUCUCAGAUUGCACUUUGGGAUGUGAAUAAGCCCCUGACUCCUAUUCAAAUAUUCAAGACACAUAGUGGGGCUAUUAAUGAUAUUUCAUACACGGGAACGGGCCCCAGAAAGAAUGGUGAGAAGAAAGAUGAAGAUGCCAUGGAAACAGAAGAAGAAAAUACUACUGGUGGUCUUUUCAUAUCUGUAUCUGACGACUAUACCACUCAAAUUCAUGAAAUAGUGUCACCAGUACUGUCAUCAUCUACAACGUCUUCUACCCCAGCAGUGAUCAAGAUUGAAAACAAACGUAUUCAAAACGCUGCUGCUUUUCAUCCAGAUAUUCCAACCCUUUUUUUAACCGCUGGACAGGACAAUGUUAUAUCGCUUUACGACUUAAGGAAUACCAAAGUUCCGAUCAGGAAGUUUUUUGGGCAUACGGAGAGCGUAAUUGGAGUUAAAUGGGACAAGAACCAAGAUCCUAACGUUUUCUAUUCGUGGGCUUUAGAUAAGAGGGUAAUUCAGUGGGACUUGGGAUCACUUGAUGAAGAUUUUACUUACCCUGAAGAUAAUUCAAGCUCUAGUAAUGGUAGCGGGAACGGUGCACCAGGUGCAUCUACUGGAGUCGGUAAAAAGAAGAGUUCCAAGACGAUUGAAGAUCCAUGCAUGAAAUUUAUUCACGGGGGACACACGAACAGGGUGAAUGAUAUUGACUUGCACCCAAAGAUUUCAGGAUUGUUGACAAGCUCCGGAAAUGAUAGCUUGCUAGAAGUAUGGAGAUCAAAAACGAUAUUUGAAGAUGUUGAAGCUGAUGAGGACGAAAGGGAAUGA